AUGGUUUAAGUCAAGUUCAUAGUCUUGUUAAUCUGUGCAUUGACAGUGACCUAAGCUUUUGAAGCUGAGGGCACACUCUUGUCAAUGUCAUUAAAUGAGAUUAGCAACCUCAAUUUAGGGGAUGUUAAUUGUGAAAACACAUCUUAGCAAUAGUUUGUGUAGUUGGAACAAAAUCUCGAGUCAUGGGCCGACAUCAUUGAUCAUAAGGAUGACAUUUAAAAAGAUAUCAACACUUUGAAAUAAUUGGAAGUCAUCUUGCUUUAAGUCAAAAAAUAAACAUAAAAGAAAUAGAUUGCUCCAUAACAAUUGAAAUAAAUAAAUUAAGUUGUGACUAAAAAAAUUAGGUCUUUAGUUCUUCCAUAAACAGCUAGCAAAAUUGGACAAGCACACUGCGAUGAAAUUGAAAGACAAUUAGAGAGAUUAAGUAGUGAUAAUGAAUCAGAAAGAAGUGAAUGUUGUGAUGCACUUUUGAAAUUGGCUACUUUCCUAAUUAGAUAACUAUCUAGCAUUAAUUAAUAAUGCCAUCAAAAUCCAGUCACUGUCAUUAAAAUCAAAGGAUAAAUCAAAGAAUUACAUAUCAUCUAAGGAGGAUGUGGAGGAGGACAAACUAUUGACAUUCCUAUGGGAGGAUCUGAUGAAAAAUGCGAUAAACCAGAAACACCAACAAAACCUGCAGAUCCAACUACUCCAGAUACCCCAACAGAUGAACCAGUUCCAGAUCCUGGAAAAGAAGAGGAGACUCCAGCAGAAGAGACUGAGACUGAAACUGAAGAAACUACAACAACACCAGCUGAAGAGGAACUUCACGAACCAGCUGAAGAAGAAGAAUCAUUUGAAGGUGGUGAAAAAAAUAAUACUACUCCUGUGGAUCUACCAGAGGCUGGAGAGGAAGGGGAAUUCUGGCCAGAGGAAGAAUUUAACCCUGAGGAUGGACCAUAACCUGAAGAUGAAGGGGUUCCAGAAGAUAAACCAAAAGAUGGACCAAAAAGUAGACCACACAGUAAACCAAGAAGUCGACCAAGUAAACCUGCAGCACCUUAAGCUGGAGAAGAAGAAGAAUGGUUACCUGAAGAGGAAGAAGACACUCCAGUUGAAGGAGAUACUCCAGCUGAAGGAGAUAAGCCAGGUCGUAGAUCAAGUAGACCAAGAAGUCGACCAAGUAAACCAAGAAGUCAUCCAAAAAGUAAACAUGCAACACCUUAAGGUGGAGAAGAAGAAUGGCUACCUGAAGAGGAAGAAGACACUCCAAUAGAUGUCGAUGUAGAUACCCCAGAAGAAGGAACUCCCGGAGAUAGACCACACAGUAAACCAAGUAAAGGAAGAAGUGGACCAAAAUCAAAUAGUAAAAGUGCAAGACCUUAAGCUGGAGAAGAGGAAGAAUGGUUACCUGAAGAGGAAGAAGACACUCCAGCUGAAGGGGAUAACCCAGGUGGUGGACCAAAUGGACCAAGAAGUGGACCAAGUAAACCAAGAAGUCGACCAACUCGACCAAGUGGACCAAGAAGUCGACCAAGUAAACCAAGAAGUCAUCCAAAAAGUUAACAUGCAACACCUUAAGCUGGAGAAGAAGAAGAAUGGCUACCUGAAGAGGAAGAAGACACUCCAAUUGAUGUCGAUGUAGAUACCCCAGAAGAAGGAACUCCCGGAGAUAGACCACACAGUAAACCAAGUAAAGGAAGAAGUGGACCAAAAUCAAAUAGUAAAAGUGCAAGACCUUAAGCUGGAGAAGAAGAAGAAUGGCUACCUGAGGAAGCUUGUGAGGAAGAAGGUGAAGAAGAUGGCUGGGUACCAGGUGACAUUCCAAAAGAUAAAAAUGGAACAUCUACAAUUCCUGAUAUACCUGAAGGUGAAGAAGAUGUAGGUGAAGAAGGACGACAAGAAGAUGUAGGUGAAGAAGGAGGGGAAGAAGAUGUAGGUGAAGAAGGAGGGGAAACUCCAGCUGAUUAGACUGAAGAAAGUCCAGAUUAACCAGAAGAAUAAGAAGAAAAAUGUUAAGAAACUGUUGAAAUUACUGCAACCAAUGCAGCUGAUAUUAUGUGUGCUUUAGGAUAAUAUUUGAGUUAAUUGGCUCACGGAGGAUCACCUUCUGAUAGUCCAAAUGCUAAGAAGGUUUGCUUCUGCUUGAAAUAUGAACCAGAUAACGCUGAUCCUUCAUUGCUACAAUUAACUUAAAAAGUAAGCAAGAAAUAAAGAAAAAGAUAAGAUGGCAUGUUGAAAGCAUUAAUUCCUAAUAGGAGAAUUUGAAUAUGAACAAACUUUUUUUAUUUAUUGAUUUAAAUAAAAAAAGUAAACUUGUCGAUGUAUUUUCAAA